CUGACGUACGCCGCACUGGCCACAGUACAUGGUUGCAAUAUUGAUAGAAACAUAUCACCACUGGAGUCCGUCUCUGAAUGGAAAUGGGGAAACCUUAUCGACUACACUGAACUGUCGAAUGAAUAUUAUCGAGGCACCUGUUUAUUAUCACCUACAUCUCAAAAGCGAAAUUACAGCGCGAGAUAUCCGGUGUCCUUCGCUUUUAGUACAGAGCUGCAUGUACGUUAGAUAACAGGCAUCGCGAUUAGAAUGCUGCAAUUCUGUAUCCGUCGACUUUCGAAUAUAAGGUACUGCAUUUAGCUACAAAAUGCUUCAGUCGCUAUAGCCCCGGAUACGUGGUCGUGGAACGGAUGCGAAAAUGCGUGGCAACGGGUCGCUUUGUGCAGGUGGAUGGCCAACCUGAUGUAAGGGAGGCACUCUUAACACGCUUCUGUUGCCCUGUUUUAUUGUGAGCCUGCAAUGGUAGCCAAGAAACCCCAUAAAGAACUGUAAACCUGGGCGAUAGGCAAGUCAUGCUUCCCGGGGUCGGAGUAUUUGGUACCAGCUUGACCGCAAGGGUGAUCAUCCCUUUAUUAAAGAAUGAGGGGUUUGCCGUUAAGGCUCUUUGGGGACGGACACAAGAGGAGGCUGAGGAGCUUGCUAAGGAGAUGAAUGUUCCCUUCUACACUAACCGGAUUGACGACGUUCUUCUUCACCAGGAUGUGGACUUGGUUUGCAUUAAUUUGCCUCCACCGCUGACGCGACAAAUCGCUGUCAAAACGUUAGGUAUCGGUAAGAAUGUCAUCUGCGACCGCACGGCCACACCACUGGACGCCUUCCGCAUGAUGUCGGCGGCGCAGUACUACCCCAAGCUGCUGAGCAUCAUGGGUAAUGUACUGCGUUUCCUGCCAGCCUUCGUGCGCAUGAAGGAACUGCUGGAGGAGGGCUAUGUAGGGGAGCUGUUGGUGUGUGAGGCGCAGGUGCACGGUGGGAGCCUCCUGGGGAAGAAGUACAACUGGAGCUGUGAUGAUCUGAUGGGUGGUGGAGGGCUACACUCUGUGGGCAGCUACAUCAUUGACCUGCUCACCUUCCUGACGGGCCAUCGAGCUGCUAAGGUACACGGCUUCCUUAAGACAUUCGUCAAGCAGACGGACCACAUUAAGGGCAUCCGGCAGAUCACCAGUGACGACUUCUGCACCUUCCAGAUGGUGCUGGAAGGCGGAGCCUGCUGCACCGUCACUCUCAACUUCAACGUGCCUGGCGAAUUCCGGCAGGAGGUGGUGGUGGUGGGCACCGCUGGCCGCCUCACGGUCAGUGGCACUGACCUGUACGGCCAGAAGAACAGCGGUGAGGGCGGCCGCGAGCUCCUUCUGAAGGACAGCACGCCACUGGGUGACGCCUCACUGCCGGACAAGGCUUUCAGCGACAUCCCCUCACCCUACCUGACUGGCACCAUCCGCAUGGUGCAGGCCGUGCGGCAGGCCUUCCAGGACCAGGACGAUCGGCGCACGUGGGAUGGGCGGCCUCUCACCAUGGCCGCCACGUUUGAGGACUGUCUGUAUGCACUGUGCGUGGUGGACACAAUCAAGAAGUCCAACCAGUGCGGCGAGUGGCAGAACAUUGUGGUGAUGACAGAGGAGCCUGAGGUGAGCCCGGCCUACCUGAUCAGUGAGGCUAUGCGACGCAGCCGGAUGUCACUGUACUGCUAGAGCAGCUUGGGAAGUGGUGAGAUGGAUGUGUGGAAUGGAGUUAGGAAAUAAGAAAGAGAAAGAGAGAGAGAAGGCCCCCUUGUGGACUAGAGGAAUGAAGUACACCACUGCCUUUUGCAUUCUGCGUUAUUCUUACGUGCAGUUGCUUGCUUUGUUGGUUAACCUGGUGAAAGGAAUGCACAGCAAUAUGCUUCCUGCUUUCUUUGAACAGCACUGCUUCUGGAUCAAAUCCUAGUAGAUGCAUGGAGGGCCAAACAAAAACUGUGCAGCAGAUUAUUUUCGUCAUUGGUGAAUGCCACUCCAAGAACACAUGUAGCUAUGUCCAACAUGGCUCUGUCCUUCUAAUAUGGAGAUAAAUGUUCAAAUGCAAUGAGCUUGAGUGCUUCUGUCCGGUGUGUGUGUGUGUGAGGGUUCAUAUUUAGAACUGUAGAAAAAUUCUAAAAAUCAAUAGUUUGGCUAGUAGGCCUUAUAGAGAACUCCCCACUGGUCAAGUAUGCAAUAAAUCUGCCUAAAAACCCUCUAUAGGCAAGGAUUUUAAAGCUGUGUUUGCAGAGGACAGUGUAAGCCUUGCAUGCUAACAUUGCUCUUCUUCAAAGCUUUAGAAUAGAAGCGCUAGUUUGUGUUUUUCAGCUCCUAUGUGAUCUGUGAUCCAGAGCUGCCCUGUGCUUGCAUGCCUUGCUGAGAGUGUAGAAAUGAAGAAUCCAGUUAGCAGUGCUCUCUGGUUAGCACUCUGUGCACAGGUGCACCAGCAUGCAUGCAACCUGACCACCAAGCAAGGACUAGAACAACUGCGAUAAUUGUGACAUAAACAAACAAGUUUAGAUGUGGCAGAGAUACAACUUAAAGCAAAAUAGUAAAUAUCCCUUUUUUUUCUUUUUUUUCUUUUUUUUGUGAUUGGCUUAUGUAAUCAUGAAUCUCAUUGCAUUGCUCACCAUAAAUCUUUUUGGCCUGUUACAAAGCAGAGACAAUAGUAAUACAUUUAUUGUUUGCUUACAGCGCCACUCACUGCUGUGAGAUUAAUGACUUAACUCUGGUGAAAUGAUUUCCAAUGCUGCCCAUUUCACUCAACACAUUUCUUAACUGUAUGCUCUGGACUAGGUUUAUGGAUUUCAAAUAGGUCUGUUGAUGGACCCCAGCUGGAUUAUAUGUGCAGCUUCAUAUCAUUGGAGUGGGCCCAAUCGGUUUAUAAGUGCAGGUUCAUAUUGGAAGUGCACAUUGUUGAGGGCUAAACAGAGCUGGAGUCAGUUUUAACUUAGGAAACCUGUAUACCAAAAUAUAUUUAAGACAUGCAAGAGGUGCUAGAUAUUGUUGUGAACCAAUGUACUGUACUGACAUGAAGUUAUUCCCAAAUUGUUUUCAUAUUUGAAAUAUUUGAAAACGUGUGUUCAAAAGAUUACCUGCUAAUCAAAAAGAUUGUUAUCAAAAAGACUGACCUACAAGCCAAAAGAUUGAUUUUUAUUUUGAACUGUCUUUUAUUGGUUUUGUUAAGUGUUGUUGAGGUAUUACAAAGCUCCAGUAUUCAUCAUAACUUUACUCAUUGGCCAUCAUCCUGCGUCUCUACAAUGUUGACAGCUUAUUACUUAGUCCUGACAUGGGUGAUAUACCAGUGGCAUAUUGCUGUCAUAAGUUAUUAUUAAAAGAAGACACAACAGUGAUGCAAAUGACUGGAUUUUAGUAAGAAAUCAUAUUAAUUAUUGUAUCAUGCAUGUGUACAUUAUAACAAUUACUGCUGUAAACCUCUAUGACAGCUUAUUGUACUGUUAUAUUAGCCACAUGGCUAAGGUUUAAUGUAAAUUGUCAUAGAAAUUUAUUUUAAGAAAUUUAUUUUGGCAUUUUUAUGAAAUCAACUGUUUUUUUUUACUUUAAAAAAAAACACCUUCUGUACAUAACAGCAUAAAUUUUUAUACGUUAUGUGUAAUAUAGACAUAUUUAUUUUUGUUUUUUUUAAUGUUUCACAUCAAAUCAGGAAUUGUAUGUAUUGUUAGAGAGGCCUUCCGAGUAUGCACUUCUCCGUGAGGGGUACAGCAUUUCCACUGUGAUGCUACUGUUACAGUGUCUGAUCUCCUCCCAUCAUCCCUGCAGUUCAUCUGCGUUAAUUCAUUCACAAGGCGAUGAUUAUAUGAGUGCACCCAAGAAUGUUGCCCUACAGUUCUCAUCUGGAGGCACAAAGAUUAUAAUUGGAAGGACACUCAGUAAUAUUAAUUCAAUUUUUAACACACACAUAGACACACACACAAAAUUGCUUAAAAACUUUCCUCCUGAAUAUUCUACACUGUCUUUUGAUGAUAUGUAAAUAUUCUCAUGUAAUUUUAAUUUUUUGUAUUAUUAUUAUUAUUGUUGUUUUUUGCUUGCCUGCUAGUCCCAUAGUCCUAAAGACACCAUGCAGUGUGUUCUGAUCGCCAAGCUCAGAGAGCUUCCAGAGUCUCUCAGUCCUUCAUAUUUGUACUGCUUCAUGCAUAAAAUGAGCAGCUGAAACGUUCAUGAGAAUUUGAAUGAUGUUACUUUUCAGCUCUUGAUUCUACUCUGAAUGUUUUUGCAAUAAUCUAAAGCCGUUAUUUUAACAGCUUUAUUAAUUGUGGCAAUGUUUCAUUAUGGGCCUUUUAAAUGAAUAGAAGAGUGGACAUAAAUUCAUGCUAGCCUGCAGCCUUGGCUUGCUCAUUAAUUACAUGUCCCUAUAGGUCAUUUUCCAAAUUGACUGGACUGCUAUAAAUGUUUUUUUUCCUAAAGGCAUAAAUGGGCCCAGGACAGAAGCAUCAUGCCAGGAGUGUUUGAGACCUAAUCCAGUUUGUGCCUACUGCUAAUUCUGGACCAAUCAGAAUUAUGAGUGACUAUCAUCAAAACAGCCUUUAACGAACAACUUGGAGAGGUGCAUUUGUGGGUGUUGUUCAUUUAUGCAGUAGGAAAUAACUGAUAAUAGAUGCGUGCAUAUCUAAAAGCAGAGACUAAAAAUGUCAUUGUCUAAAAUGUAUAUCGCUAAUUACAUGAUGAGGGUUUAUUUGAAAAUGAUAUCAGAAAGCUUGCUCUUGUCCGCAUCAUGAUGUCGAUCGCCGUGUUGCAUAAUGUCACAUGUAGAUGAAUUGUCUACUAUAUCCCGAGACAAUUCCAGCAUUAAUCUCUUCAAAAAACCACCAGAUUUUGGCAUUAGAAAUUAUACUUAAAAUUGGGAAAAACAAAAGAGAACAUGCUUCUCCUUAAUUUGAACAUUUUGUCCAAACUCCCUCCUAAAAAUGUUUCAACCUGAAAAAAUAUUUUGGUCUGUGACAAAGAAAAAAAGUGUCUCUACCGUCACAGAUAAGCUGCCCUUAUAUAAUUGCUAUAUUAAUACACACAAGCAAAUGAUAUUGCCCGUGUAACUGGAACAAUUGGUUUUCAUGUGGGUUUUUACUUCAGUCAUACAUGACCCAUGAAAAAAAGAUGCAGUCAUGUUGACUGUUCUACUCCUCACCUGGCUUGUUUCUUAACAAUACAAAAAAAGGAACAAAAAGAAAAGAAAAAAGAAAAACCUGAAGCCAUGGGAAUACAUGUUACAGCUGGAGAUGUUUGGAGUGUAUAUGUACACUGGUCCUUUUGUUUUGUUUGAGUAUAUCUUCCCUUCUCUAUAGGUAGCACUUGCAAACAUUGUAGAUAAGGAUAUUAGGAUUAGGGGGAGUUGAAGGGGCUCUCAGAAUGGCCAAGAGGAGGAGAGACAGGCUUUAAGUUGUUUCCGGUUAAACAAGAGGUUGAGAGCAUGGAGUCAGAGAGGAAAAAGUAAUUAUUUUACCUAAACUUGGAAAGCAAUGCAUUGGCACUCAGCCCACAGGCCUCCUCUGAUAUGAGUGGCCGCUAGUGUACUUGAUAAUAGUGAUAAUAUAUGGGCUCAUGUAGCACCAAGGAGUUAUAUGGUGAAAAGUGAAUGUUUUACUGGUGCACAUCUGGUAAUGUUUUGGCCUUUGUCAUGGUUUUAGAUUCUGUUUGGAGAGUUGACAUAGUUUUGAGAGGAGUAUAUUGUAGUGUUGGGCACACACAUGCCCAACUCCCUUUCCUCCAUGCAGUACAUACCGCCUGCUGGGAGACGAGGUGGCGGGUGGAGGGACCCUAGUGAGCCGGGGGAGAUGGGUGUUCACUAUGAAAGGACACAGAGCUCAAAGAGGUGCUUUUUUGUGCACCCUCAGACAGUUUCCUAGCAACCGGCUUCCACAGGGCCAACGGGGUUCGUCUUAAAUGUUUUCUUGUCGUUCUGUUUUACCCUGCUGCUCUUUUCUCCUCGUCUCUCCCACUCUUCUUCUUGCCUCACUCUCCUCUCUUUGUACUUUAUCCCCAUAUGUGGUUGGAAAAUCAUUGAUUUGAUGUGCAAUUCAGUUAAAAUCCAGAUGAUAUAGAUAUUGUGUCAUCAAUUUUCAAAACCGUUAAAGCAGAUUGUUCAAUAAUUGUUAAAACUAUUGAUCAAUUGGCAUCAAAAAAGAUCGUACUUAUGAACUAACUAUAUACCUUGGUUUACAAGGUAUAUGAAGUGAUGCUGUGUUUUGUUUCAACUCCAAAUUCUGUUAUAGAGUGGAAAAAUGCUGUUUUAUGUCUAUAUGUUUACUGGUUUGGAGUCAAUAUUUAGGUUCUGGAUGAAUAGUUGCUCCAAAUUUAUGAAGGUAAUCUACUUUUCUGUUAUAUCUAUGCUAUAUUUAUUUUACCUGUGCAUGUGGACAGCUGUCACAGAAAGUAAAUUCCAGAUACAAGAUGACUGAAACCUUCCCGAACUGAGACAGCUAUACCAGAAACUCAGAGUACAAAUUUGAACAAACAGUAUAAACUAUUAGAUUAGAAAAUGUUUAGCCAUUUUCCAGAGCACUGAGGCAGAGACAGGGAAAGGCUUCAGUAGGCUUAGUUCUAUGUGAUGAAACAUAUUAAACAAAAAGAAACAUAAGAAACCUAUGCUUUUUAAUAGGGCUGGCAUCCCACAACUCCAAUCUCGAGUUUCCAACCUCUCUCCAGACCACAAGGGGUCAGUGUGGGUGACUAUGAAAGCCCAACAAAGCUUAUUGAAGUAGA